AUGACAGAAACGCCCCUCGAACUCUCAAUUGAAAAUCUCCAAGCGUUGAACCGUCUCAACGACUCUUCCAUACCAAUGUCUCAAAACAUCCUCAUCCUAGGCGCCGGCGAACUAGGCCUCUGCGUUCUCCAAGGCCUGGCCAGUCAUCCUAAGCGUCACCACCAACGAAUCACUGUACUUAUCCGCCAGGCAACCCUUGACUCAGCUGCCCCAGAAAAGAGGAAGCUCAUCCAACAUAUCCAGUCCCUCAACGCCGGGACCGAAGCAGGCGAUGUUGCAGAUGCCAGCGUAGAAGACCUAGCAGCCAUAUUUUCCAGAUACGAUGUCAUCGUGUCGUGCACAGGCAUGGCUUUACCAGCAGACGUACAAUUCAAGAUUCUGGACGCUGUCAUGGCUUCAGGUGUGAAGCGCUUCUUUCCAUGGCAAUUUGGCAUGGACUACGAUGCCAUUGGAAAAGGUACAUCGCAAGAUUUAUUCGACAAGCAAAUCGACGUGCGCGACAAACUUCGCGCUCAAAAGGAAGUAGACUGGACAAUUGUGUCUACAGGCUUAUUCAUGAGCUUCCUAUUCCGCGCCGACUUUGGCGUCGUUGAUCUGUCCCAAAAAAUAGUUCGCGGGCUAGGAAGCUGGGAAACAGAAAUCACCCUCACCACACCUCCAGACAUUGGUCGUGUAACAGCUGAGCUAAUUCUCGACCCGCGCGGAAUUGGUAGCCGGCCUGUUUAUAUCGCUGGUGACACUUUUACCUACGGACGCCUUGCGGAUUUGUUGGAUGCUCAUUUUGAGACCAAGUUUAAGCGUGAGCUAUGGAAUUUUGAGAUUCUUGCGAAACAAGCGGAGGAUGAACCGGAUAAUAAGAUGAUCAAGUAUAGGUAUUCGUUUGCGCAGGGACGAGGUGUGGCGUGGCCGAAGGAGGGGACUUUUAAUGUGGAGAGGGGGAUUGAACUUACUGAUGUGAAGACAUAUCUUGAAAAGAUGGAUUUCAAGAUUGGGGAGUAG